UUCCCAUCGCGUAUUUGACAAAGCACAGUUGCAGAGAUGGUUUCUGCUAUGACCAACAGGAAGACUUCAUUGAAAGCUUUCAGAUGAAAUACGAUACAGCAGACAGACACGUGGAGCUGCAAUAGAAGGAAAAGCAACCGACAAGCGGGCCGAACUGACGAGGGUCAAAAAACAGAGAGGGGCUGACCACUGGACCCAGAGCAACCAGAUGAAGCGUUCAGGCCUGUUUCUAGCCACCAUGCUGCUAGCUAAUAUGUUCCUUUCAAGGAAGUGUGUAACAUCUUCACCCAUUUGCCCUAAUGGGUCCGACAAUUGCCAGGUUUCUCUUGGGGACCUUUUUGACCGGGCUGUUAAACUAUCCCAUUAUAUCCACUCUCUGUCUACUGAAAUAUUCAAUGAAUUUGAUGAACGCUAUGCUCAGGGCCGGGGUUUCAUUGCAAGGGCCGUUAACAGCUGCCAUACUUCUUCCCUAACCACUCCUGAAGAUAAAGAACAAGCUCAGCAGAUACAUCACGAGGACCUAUUAAAUCUAGUUUUGAGUGUACUCCGUUCCUGGAAUGACCCUUUAUUGCACCUGGUCUCUGAAGUUGAACGAAUCAAGGAAGCUCCUGAUACCAUUCUCUGGAAGGCCAUGGAGAUUGAGGAGCAAAAUAAACGACUUCUUGAGGGGAUGGAGAGAAUAGUUGGACGGGUUCACCCAGGUGACUUAGGCAAUGAAGUCUAUUCUAGAUGGACUGGUCUCCCUUCCCUCCAACUGGCUGACGAAAAUUCCCGCCUCUUCGCCUUCUACAAUCUGUUGCACUGUUUGCGUCGGGACUCCCACAAAAUUGACAACUAUCUGAAACUCCUGAAGUGUCGCCUCAUUUAUGACAGCAACUGUUGAACCGCUGUGCUAUUGCUUUAUUAAAAUGAUAGCACCGUAUCUUUUUAAAACACUCUGCUUUUAGCCUCACUGCUUUUAUGUAUACUUUAUAGAAAAUCUCAGCUUGCAGAAAACGAUUUAGAGGCUCAUUAUGUUCACUUCUUUCUGGUUAACAGUUUCUGGUUAAACUGUUAGAUAAACCGUUAUUUUUUUCUGUUGAGAGCACUUUCAUUCAGAUUGCAGCAAUAUUCAAAUCAAGCAAUAAAACAUUGAAAAUGCA